AUGGAAGCAAAGAAUAAAACUAAACCAAAAUCAACUAAAUAAAAAGCAAAGCUUUAGUAAAUUAUGUCAAUCAGUUUUGAAAAUAUCCAAAAAAAGAAAAAUUAGCCAGAAAAUCAAAAUGCCCAAAUUUAAGAAGAUUAAGAUGAAUAAGCAUAAUAGUUUUAGAAAAUUUCAGAAGAUGAAUAUUAAAAUUAAUUAGAUGCUUAUUAUCAAGAAUAGAAUAAAAGAUUUUCCUUUAGUUAACCAAUGCCUGAUUUGUAUUAGGUUUAAUAACCGUAACAAUAGCAUUAAUAUUAAUAAUUAUUGAAUAAGUAAUAAGAUGUUCAAGCAUCACCUAAAAACAAACAAUCCUAAAAUUAAAACUAUUCCCAAUAGAUUUACAGAUAGCAAUAGUAAUAGCUGUAGUAAGAAUAGAAUAUCAAUGAAUCACAUUUCACUAAUAUUACCUAGUAAAGUCCUGUAUUUAUUCCAUAACUUCCCAUAAAGUAGACGGUCUAACAAUAACUUGAUAGGAGCACUAAAAAAUCAAGUCAUCAACAUGAGGAAUUAUUUUAAAUUACCUCAUAAUUGAAUGACAGUUAAGACAUACCACAAAUGAAAAAGAUGUCCAUAAAAUCUGAACACAUUAAGAAAUAAUCCAGAUAAAAUAAUUCAAAUACAAAUAAUAUUAGUAACAUUUUAGAUAACUUUUUAAGUCAUCGAUAAAAGGUAACUGAUUAAUCUGGACUUUAUUAAUCAGAAUUAUUUGAAAAUGCCUAAUUUUAACAUUUUGGUGGAGGUUAAAAUGAAUAAUCUGUAAUUUAAUAAUAAUCUCUUUUAUAAUCUAUACAUAAUGAAACCAUAGAGAUUGUUAAAGAUCAAAUCUAAUAAUAUCAUUUUGAUGAUAUUUAUUAAAAUGCAAGGAAUGAUCAUUCUUUGCAAAAGUCACUAGUGAAUGAUAAAGAUGAGGAAGACUUAGAUAAUUUAUUAUAAGAUUUAUAUGAAUGUACGACAAAAUAAAUUCCAAAAUAAAUCAUAGAAUCUAGUCCAAAACUGGUGAAUUAGCAGACAAAGGAAAUAAUGAACAAUGUCUUUGAAAAUGUUCCCUAAGAUAAAUAAUAAUAAAAUGCUAAACCUGUUUCCUAUCUAACAGGAAGUAAAAUAAUUAGCGAGUAAAAAAAUGAGGAUUAGAGUCCUGCGUAUAAAAAUAAGCUUGAGGAUGAAGUAACCAAAUUUUCCACUUAAGAAUAAAAUAAGAAGAUGAAAAUUGAAGAUUUUUUUAGUAAUAAAUAGUAAUCUUCUUCUAAUCAAUAGAAAGAUUAAGUGGUUAAAAACCAAUAAAAUAGUAAUAAAGAAACAUUUCAGUAUUAAUCUAUAUAAGACAAGUUGAAAAAUUCAAUUUAGACCAAAGAGGCUGAGAAUAAAAAUGUUUAAUAAUAAUCAUCACAAAUGAGUUUCAACACUAAACCUUUUUAAAUAAGUUCUACUGAUAGAAAUUACAAAGUAAAAUAAAGCUUUGGAUAUGAACUAACAUUUAGAUAGCCUCAAAAACAUUUACUCACUAUUUCACAAUAUCUUUUUAAAUAUUCAAAAUUAAUACAAGAACCUAAUUUGAAAAGAUUAUCAGAAAUCAAGGUUGAUACUGUUAUUGGUAAUAAUAAAAAUCAUUAAAUAAUAUGUGAAUAAUAUGAUGCUUAAUAAUUCAAAGACCUAUUGAAAGAAAAGGAUGCUGAGUUUUAUUAAUUGUGUUCUACAAAUUUUAUCCUAUUUUAAUAGGGAGAUUCUAAUGAGAGUAAUUCAGUCUGGGUAAAAUGCUAUAUGUUAUCUGAAAAUCUAUUAUCUUACUUAUUUUCUUUAGGAUUUAUUGUUGAUGAUGUCAAUUUUCAAAGCAUCUUAAAAGAGACUUAUUUAUAUUAAGAAAAAAAUAAGAAAGACAAAUACUAAUUGGAUUUGGAGGCUGCUUAUUAUAGUGUAUAUUAAUCUUUUAAAUUGAUUUAUGCAGAUUUCAACAAAUUAUUGGAGGUAGUAAAGUUUUUUUCAGAUCAAGAAACCAAUCUAAUUGAAAUAUCCACAGCCAAAUUAGUAUUGAGUAAAAUGAUGAAUGAGUAGUAAAUGAAUAAUGUUUUUAAAUGGCCAGACUCUUCUGUUAAAUAUGAUUAAUUGUUUAAAGUUUUAACUUUGUUACCCUAUUGA